UCGUUACCGAAGCACACCCCACGAUUCAUUCUCUUCCUUUUCCUAUUUUCACUUCACUAAAACGUGUAAAAAUACGAGAUUAAAUAAAUCGUAUACAACGAAGAAUAGAAAUCGGUUGCAAAAUCAAGUACAAAUCCAUGAAAAAUAUAAAAUACCAACGAAAGAUCAGCUAAUGUACUUCAAGUUGGUUGUACAUGUGAACCUUUUCCAGUGCAAUUACUUCCCAAAUUUGCUGUGAAAUGUAAAUUCAUAUUUUUGCAAGAUGAUAACGAUACGAAAGAGGAAUAUUCAUAAAGAAGAGAAAAGAAACAACAACGAUUAAAAAAUGGACGAACAAUUGAAAGAAAUUCGAGGAAUAUAAUUUUUCAAAGACUGGUACACUAAAAUUGAAAUCACAAUGAGCAAAGAGGAAAAUAGCGAGGAGGUUCCUCAAGAAGGAACUACUGGCAGUAAUGAAGCACCGAAAAAGGAUACAGGCGCAGAUAUCUAUGAAAAUCGAGGAACCAAGAAAAUAAUACGUUUAAUCACUGUGUUGGCUUACAUGUUCUCUGUAAGUUUCGUAGCCAUCGUUUUAAGUGCGUAUUACUUAUUCCUUUGGGAACCACCUAAUCCAAGGCUUUUACGGAGACCUGUUCAAUUAUCUGCCGAACCUGAAAUACAAUUCUUACUAAGUGAUCAAAUGACUAUUCAAGAUGAUGCUGCAAAGGAUUUCAAUACCUCGUAUAUCUCGUUCUCUAAUCAUAUUUCUGGCCCAGAAGAUCUUGCCAAUGAUUACAAUCAGGCAAAAGAUCAUCGUGAAAAAUUAAAUGAAUCAUUGUUCCUAUUAAGAAACUCUUUAAUCGAACUUUUACAAAAUAAAAUUAAUAAUUCGAAAUCUUUUACAAGAAAUUCCUCUGGGGAAAAUUGGAAAGCAUCCAAUUUUUUGAAUUAUACUUCACUCGAAACAGAGAGAACGUUAAACUCGACGAAAAAAUCAAGCGAAAGAGAUUCAAGACAUUCCUCUAAAAUUAUGAAUCUUAUAUUGGAUAAUAAUGGCACAUCUCAAACACUGGAAUCUUCGAAUAUUUCUGGAAGUGAAGAGAAUAAUGAUCAUUUUACGAGUAUUAGAAACCACUCAAUGUACGAACCACCUCAAGAUAUUCCUCGAUUAAACCACAACUCGACGGAAAAUGUUAUUGUCAAUAAAAAACAAUAUAACAAAAGCAUUUCAUCAAAUUUUCAAACGAAAGCAGGAACGCUGAAUGAAGAAAGUGUGAAAGUUAAAACACCUCGAUAUUCGAAAAUGCAUUCGUCUGAUGAAGAAUUUAUGAAUACUACUAUAACAGUAAUGACUAUAAGUGAUAAAGUAAAUCUUGAUAUUCAAAAAAGUAGAGAAGAUCGUGCACAUGAUUCUAAUAACGUAAAAGAAAAGAUCGAUUUAAACGACCAAUCAACUAUAGAUUUUGGUAAUUUGGGAUAUGCAAGUCGUCUAGGAUAUCCUGAACAACCAAUGCAAUCACCUGUAAAACUGGCAAAUGUUGCGUUAAAAUUCAAAGAAACGCAGAUAGAAAGAAUGACAACAAAGUCGAUGACAAUCGCGAAUGAACAAAGUCCUGUAUCAGAAAUUAUAACCACUCCGCAACAAAAGGAUUUGUUAACUAUUUUAACAGAAAUUGUUGAAACUUCGUCGAAUGCUACGCCGCUAACAACAUCCGAGGAUUUACAAACUAGUUUAAGUACAGAAACUAAAGAGAUAUCUACCAAAAUGCAUUCUAAGAUUAAUUAAUUUAUUAAAAUAUUACCAUCAAACUUUUUGGCUUUGUUCUUAGUGCUAA